UUACUCAGUAACGUUCGUAAGCGAACAGUCGCGGGGUGUCGCUACUGCGCAACACACAGGAUCUUUUCCAAGUUCAUGGCACGCAAGGCCUAUCAUUUAUCACUCCCUGUCAAAUUACAAGCAAAAAAGUGUGCAAAUACGACACACACACAGACCAAUGACACCAUAAUGCAAAACUUCAGAAGACGCUUUGAAAGGUGGCAAACUUGAUCUACCUGUAAAUAUGGGGGAAGAUCUGGCAACAUGCAUAUGAACGGGCCAACUCAAGGAGAGCAGGAUGGCAAACAAACCAAAUAUUCAUGUCUUUUUGGGUGCCCCAUGUCCCCAAGCCCUCAAUGUAGAGGUGCAGGACAGAGCGGCCAAACACUGGACAACAAUGGACUUCACUUGGAGUCAAGGUCAGCUGAUUCCCAAACACACCACUGGAGAGGCCCAAACAGAUGAUGAGUCUGGUGUCGAGAAUAAUGACUGGCUGAAGUCUGCUGUUACCUCUGAUAAACUACCUGAGAGGAGAGAAGAAGAAAACAAAAUAUCAGAGGAUGACAGCACUCCAUCAGGCUGCCAAUCAAAGCCAGAAUCUGUUGAAGAAGAGGAGUUGUGUCCUGUAUUAGUGACAGAAUAUCUUGAUAGUUGCUUCUCUUCUUCAGCUGGACAGAGCAGAGAUGGGAGGCCCAGGUCACCAGUUUCCACUGAGACUGAGUAUCUGAGUUCAUGGACAAAGUCUCAAGCUUUGCUUCUUCGAAGUAGAGUGUCUCAAUGUUCAACUUCUGGACUCCUUGAAGACUUUCUUUUCGGUUUUCCACACAACCCUCCUAAACAAACACCCUCAGCCUCUGAGAGUUCCCCAGAGUUGUACAGUCCUGCAGUCAGUCCUGAAGAAAGAGGUUUGGGGGGAACUUUGCAAAGCUCAGGAGAGUAUGACAGUCUGAGCCAAAGACAGCAGGAGAGAGGGCUGAUUCUGGAAAUUACAUCUGAAGGCAUCCUCUGCUCUCAGGGCAAUGCUAUACCUGAAAAACCUGUGAAUCAGGAAGAUGUUGGGCUUAUUAGUGAUUCUCCAACUUCAACUGCACAGUCAUCAUCUGGUCCCUCUGCUGCUAAAAAGAUUAGGUUCUUUCAGACUGCGUGUAAAACCAAAGAAACAGAUCAGAGGACAAAAACCGUUGUUGCCCCUCUGUGUGGUCCUACAACCCUGCUGGCCAGGUGUACGACACAUGGUGUACGGUAUGCUAUCUUGGUGGCUGUGGUGCAUCCAUGCCACUUAAAAGAGGUCAAGGUGAAAACCGGAGCUUCUGCUGGUACCAGCGUACCUCUAGCAACGCUGAUUGUCACUGACCAAUCAGAUGUGGAGAUGAAGGUGGUUUUAUGGCGGACAUCUGCCUUUUGGGCCCUUACAGUUUAUCCAGGAGAUAUUCUGCUAAUUACAGAUGUAGCGGUGCACAUUGACAAGUGGAAAGCUGAGACUGUCCUGCAGUCCUCUUUCACCAGCAAGCUGCUGAAUUUAGGACAGGUCACAAGAGAGCGUAUUCCAGUCGCUCCACAGAAUUUGAACAGUCACUCAUUGAGAACGCUGUGUACUCAUCUAUGUGAGAAGCGCCCCCUGUUGGUGUCUCUGCCUCCUCACAAGCCUCAGGAUUUGCACUCCAUCUCUUUCAUCCGCCUUGGAGCAUUACGACCAGACACACUGGUUCAUGCUCUGCUGAGGGUUAAACACAGCAAAUUAAUCACAGCAUGGCGUGAUGAGGCAGAGGGAAUAUCCAGAGCUGGAGGUUUGUUGAAAGCAAUUUUGACUGUGGAACAAGGAGAUGGCCAGCAGGGAGCUGUCAUACUUUGGGGAGCUGCUCUCUCAUGGCUGCAGCGUUUGGAGAGGAACAAAGAUUCUGUGUGGGAAUUCAGGAUGCUGCUAGUCAGACAGGACGUGACCUCAGGCUUGCUAGAGCUGCAUUCGACUCCGUGGGGCACCUGUCAGCCUCUUUUUCCUGAUGACAGUCGAUGCAAGGAGUUUUACAACACUGUCCGCUCUCAAAGGACUGCUAGCUGCUUUGAGAUUGAUCUCAGCACACUCCUGUCUCAGAAAUACUCUGGUGAUGUCGAACUGAAAGUUAAAAUCACAGCUUUCCAGUUCCAGACCAGUCCGUCCCAGGAGGCUUCUCUGUUAAUAAAUGGCAGCACAACCUUGGAGGGCAUCAUAGGUGUUGUCUCUGGUGAUGUCACUUUUGCUGGAUGCAGCCAGUGCUCUGCAGAGCUGGAGACAGAUGAAAACGGCAUAUACAGACCCUGUUACCCUUGCCUACCACAUACAGGAGUGCGCCGCUACUAUAGAUCUGUUGUUUUAACGGUGAGAGCUGGAGGUGAUCAAAUCUGUGUGCAAGUCCCUCCUGCUCUAGUGCAGAAGAUCCUUCUGAACACACCCCCGGAUAGACUACAUAAGUCUGUUGCAUUAUUCUGUUUGUUCCUAGCCCCAGCAUCUGAAGUGAGGUUCAUCCAGGUAGUAGCUAACAGGAUUAGCUCCAUACUGAACCCCAUGAAGAACACAUUUCUCCUGACUGUCCGAAGCCAUUUCCAGUGUGAUGAAAACAGCAUUCCUGUCAUUCAGAACUUUUUAUUGUUAGACUUCAGCUCACCUGAGACAUGAUGUCUAUUCAGAUGAUGCCGUCUAUUUUUACUGACAAUGAUUAAACUGUCUGAAUUUUUAAAAACGUGUAUUAUCCUGGCCCUGGAUAAAUUGUUGUAGAAAAAGGAUGGGUGGAUGAUGCUUUUUAUUUUUAAAUGUUGCUAAUGCUAAGAAACAUUAUUAAAGGGCUUCUACUAUGCAUUAUAAAA